AUGAGUUUAACUGAACCUCCAAGGUUGUCAAACAGCAUCAAUAUGACUCGGUCAUCGAAGAUAGCAUUCGGACGAGCUUACCCAGCAGCCAAGGAAUUGCUCUCUCUUUUUGAAAGCUCCAGACCGGCUCCAGGAAUCCAUUGUAGUGGAAAGCUUUACAGUGGUACAGAAAUUGGUUUUCAAAAGCUAAUAGAUUGCCGUCGAGUGACUGGAUAUAAGUUUGAUCUGGCAUUAUUGCUUUCAGUAUUUGGCGGACUUUUUGGCUUAGACCGAUUUUAUCUUGGGUACCCAGCUUUGGGUUGCUUGAAAUUCUUCACAUUCGGUGGCUUCGGUCUCUGGUAUCUCAUCGAUAUACUACUAAUUUCGGUUGAAACUGUUGGGCCUGCCGACGGAUCGUCGUUUCUUCGACCAUACUACGAUCCUAUAGUGAAACUUCUCUGCCGGACUAACUUCACAGUGUAUGCUGGUUGA